CAAAAGGAAGUAAUCCUUUCAGAUCUGUUUAGUGCUAAUGCUACUUUCACUCACAGUAGAUAAACUUCCAUAAAAUGCUCUGCAAAAUAUUUAGGACUUUUCAUUAAAUCAUUACAUUUUCUUUUUGUUCUUAACAGCUAAAGUUAUUUUAGAGAAGAGUUAAAAUUUCAUUUCUUUAGUUGAACAUUUUCUAGUAAUAAAAGCCAUGCAAAUAGCACUCUUCGCUUGCUUCUUUCUGAGCCUUUUCAAUUUCUGCUCUAGUGCCAUCAGAAGAUACUACCUUGGUGCAGUGGAAUUGUCCUGGAACUAUAUUCAGAGUGAUCUGCUCAGUGUGCUGCAUACAGACUCAAGAUUUCUUCCUAGAAUGUCAACAUCUUUUCCAUUCAACACCUCCAUCAUGUAUAAAAAGACUGUGUUUGUAGAGUACACGGACCAGCUUUUCAACAUUGCCAAGCCCAGGCCACCCUGGAUGGGUUUGCUAGGUCCUACCAUUUGGACUGAGGUUCAUGACACCGUGGUCAUUACACUUAAAAACAUGGCUUCUCAUCCUGUCAGUCUUCAUGCUGUUGGUGUAUCCUACUGGAAAGCUUCUGAGGGAGAUGAAUAUGAAGAUCAGACAAGCCAAAUGGAGAAGGAAGAUGAUAAAGUUUUCCCUGGUGAAAGUCAUACUUAUGUUUGGCAUGUCCUGAAAGAGAAUGGUCCAAUGGCCUCUGACCCUCCAUGUCUCACUUACUCAUAUCUGUCUCAUGUGGAUCUGGUGAAAGAUUUGAAUUCAGGCCUCAUUGGAGCUCUGCUAGUAUGUAAAGAAGGCAGUCUCUCCAAAGAAAGAACACAGAUGUUGUACCAAUUUGUACUGCUUUUUGCUGUAUUUGAUGAAGGGAAGAGCUGGCACUCAGAAACAAAGGACUCUUAUACACAGUCUAUGGAUUCUGCAUCUGCUAGAGCCUGGCCUAAAAUGCACACAGUCAAUGGCUAUGUAAACAGGUCUCUUCCAGGUCUGAUUGGAUGCCAUAGGAAAUCAGUCUACUGGCACGUGAUUGGAAUGGGCACCACUCCUGAAAUACACUCAAUAUUCCUUGAAGGACACUCAUUUUUUGUGAGGAACCACCGUCAAGCUUCAUUGGAGAUAUCACCAAUAACUUUCCUUACUGCUCAAACACUCUUGAUAGAUCUUGGGCAGUUCCUGCUAUUUUGUCAUAUCUCUUCCCAUAAACAUGAUGGCAUGGAAGCUUAUGUCAAAGUAGAUAGCUGCCCUGAGGAAUCCCAAUGGCAAAAGAAAAAUAAUAAUGAAGAAAUGGAAGAUUAUGAUGAUGAUCUUUAUUCAGAAAUGGAUAUGUUCACAUUGGAUUAUGACAGCUCUCCUUUUAUCCAAAUUCGCUCGGUUGCUAAAAAGUACCCUAAAACUUGGAUACAUUAUAUUUCUGCUGAGGAGGAAGACUGGGACUAUGCACCUUCAGUUCCUACCUCGGAUAAUGGAAGUUAUAAAAGCCAGUAUCUGAGCAAUGGUCCUCAUCGGAUUGGUAGCAAAUAUAAAAAAGUCAGAUUUAUAGCAUACACAGAUGAAACCUUUAAGACUCGUGAAACUAUUCAGCAUGAAUCAGGACUCUUGGGACCUUUACUUUAUGGAGAAGUUGGAGACACACUGUUGGUAAGUAAAGGGGAAAAUAUGAGAUUGUUUCAGAUGGUGGCUUAUAGCCAUUUGUUUCACUACUUUGUGCAAGGUAUAAAGCACGUGAAGGAUUUGCCAAUUCAUCCAGGAGAGAUAUUCAAGUACAAGUGGACAGUUACAGUAGAAGAUGGACCAACUAAAUCAGAUCCACGGUGCCUGACCCGCUAUUAUUCAAGUUUCAUUAACCCUGAGAGAGAUCUAGCUUCAGGACUGAUUGGCCCUCUUCUCAUCUGCUACAAAGAAUCUGUAGAUCAAAGGGGAAACCAGAUGAUGUCAGACAAAAGAAAUGUCAUCCUGUUUUCUAUAUUUGAUGAGAACCAAAGCUGGUACAUCACAGAGAACAUGCAACGCUUCCUCCCCAAUGCAGCUAAAACACAGCCCCAGGACCCUGGGUUCCAGGCCUCCAACAUCAUGCACAGCAUCAAUGGCUAUGUUUUUGAUAGCUUGGAGUUGACAGUUUGUUUGCAUGAGGUGGCGUACUGGUACAUUCUCAGUGUUGGAGCACAGACAGACUUCUUAUCUAUCUUCUUCUCUGGAUAUACUUUCAAACACAAAAUGGUCUAUGAAGAUACACUUACCCUGUUCCCAUUCUCAGGAGAAACUGUCUUUAUGUCGAUGGAAAACCCAGGUCUAUGGGUCUUGGGUUGUCAUAAUUCAGACUUUCGGAAGAGAGGUAUGACAGCAUUGCUGAAAGUUUCUAGUUGUGACAAGAGCACUAGUGAUUAUUAUGAAGAAAUAUAUGAAGAUAUUCCAACACAGUUGGUGAAUGAGAACAAUGUCAUUGAUCCCAGAAGCUUCUUCCAGAAUCCAAAUCAUCCUAAUACAAGGAAAAAGAAUUUCAAAGAUACCACAAUUCCAAAAAAUGAUAUGGAGAAGAUUGAGCCUCAGUUUGGAGAGAUAGCAGAGAUGCUUAAAGUACAGAGUGUCUCGGCUAGUGACAUGUUAAUGCUCUUGGGACAGAGUCAUCCUACUCCACAUGGCUUAUUUUUAUCAGAUGGCCAAGAAGCCAUCUAUGAGGCUAUUCAUGAUGAUCAUUCACCCAAUGCAAUAGACAGCAAUGAAGGCCCAUCUAAAGUGACCCAACUCAGGCCAGAAUCCCAUCACAGUGAGAAAAUAGUAUUUACUCCUCAGCCCGGCCUCCAGUUAAGAUCCAAUAAAAGUUUGGAGACAACUAUAGAAGUAAAGUGGAAGAAACUUGGUUUGCAACUUUCUAGUUUGCCAAGUAAUCUAAUGACCACAACAAUUCUGUCAGACAAUUUGAAAGCAACUUUUGAAAAGACAGAUUCUUCAGGAUUUCCAGAUAUGCCAGUUCACUCUAGUACUAAAUUAAGUACUACUGCAUUUGGUAAGAAAGCAUAUUCCCUUGUGGGGUCUCAUGUACCUUUAAGAGAUAAUAUAUUAUCAAUGGAGAAUGAUAGAUUACUCAGAGAGAAGAGGUUUCAUGGAAUUGCUUUAUUGGCCAAAGAUAAUACUUUAUUCAAAGACAAUGUCUCCUUAAUGAAAACAAACAAAACAUAUAAUCAUUCAACAAAUAAUGAAAAACUACACACUGAGAGCCCAACAUCAAUUGAGAAUAGUACAACAGACUUGCAAGAUGCCAUAUUAAAGGUCAAUAGUGAGAUUCAAGAAGUAACAGCUUUGAUUCAUGAUGGAACACUUUUAGACAAAAAUUCUACGUAUUUGAGACUAAACCAUAUGCUAAAUAGAACUACCUCAACAAAAAAUAAAGACAUAUUUCAUAAAAAAGAUGAAGAUCCUGUUCCACAAGAUGAAGAGAAUACAAUCAUGCCAUUUUCCAAGAUGCUGUUCUUGUCAGAAUCUGCAAAGUGGUUUAAAAGGACCAAUGGAAAUAAUUCCUUGAACUCUGAGCAAGAACAUAGUCCAAAGCAAUUAGUAUAUUUAAUGUUUAAAAAGUAUGUAAAAAAUCAAAGUUUCUUGUCAGAGAAAAAUAAAGUCAUAGUAGAACAGGAUGGAUUUACAAAGAACAUAGGACUUAAAGACAUGGCUUUUCCACAUAAUAUGAGCAUAUUUCUUACCACUUUGUCUAAGGUACAUGAAAUUCGUAGGCACAAUCAAGAAAAAAAUAUUCAGGAAGAGAUAGAGAAGGAAGCACUAAUUAAAGAGAAAAUAGUUUUGCCCCAGGUGCACGAAGCAACUGGCUCUAAGAAUUUCUUGAAAGACAUAUUGUUACUAGGCACUAGACAAAAUAUAAGUUUAUAUGAAGUACAUGUACCAAUACUUCAAAACAUCACAUCAAUAAACAAUUCAACAAAUACAGUACAGAUUCACAUGGAGCAUUUCUUUAAAAGAAGGAAGGACAAGGAAACAAAUUCAGAAGGCUUGGUAAAUAAAACCAGAGAAAUGGUAAAAAACUAUCCAAGCCAGAAGAAUAUUACUACUCAACGUAGUAAACGGGCUUUGGGACAAUUCAGACUGUCAACUCAAUGGCUUAAAACCAUAAACUGUUCAACACAGUGUAUCAUUAAACAGAUAGACUACAGCAAGGAAAUGAAAAUGUUCAUUAUUAAAUCUCCCUUCUCAGAUUCUUCUGUGAUUAAAAGCACCACUCAGACAAAUAGUUCUGACUCACACAUUGUAAAAACAUCAGCAUUUCCACCAAUAGAUCUCAAAAGGAUUCCAUUCCAAAACAAAUUUUCUCAUGUUCAAGCAUCCUACAUUUAUGACUUUAAGACAAAAAGCUCAAGAAUUCAAGAAAGCAAUCAUUUCUUAAAAGAAACCAAAAUAAAUAACCCUUCUUUAGCCAUUCUACCAUGGAAGAUGUUCAUAGAUCAAGGAAAAUUUACCUCCCCAGGGAAAAUUAACACAAACUCAGUCACAUAUAAGAAACAUGAGAACAUUAUUUUCUCGAAACCAAUUUUGCCUGAAGAAUCUGGCAAAAUUGAAUUGCUUCCUCAAGUUUCCAUUCAAGAGGAAGAAAUUUUACCUAUAGAAACUAGCCAUGAAACUCCUGGACACUUGAAUCUCAUGAAAGAGGUCUUUCUUCAGAAAAUACAGGGGCCUACUAAAUGGAAUAAAGCAAAGAGGCAUGGAGAAAGUAUAAAAGGUAAAACAGAGAGCUCUAAAAAGACUCGCUCAAAACUGCUAAAUCAUCAUGCUUGGGAUUAUCAUUAUGCUGCACAGGUACCAAAAGAUAUGUGGAAAUCCAAAGAGAAGUCACCAGAAAUUAUAUCCAUUAAGCAAGAGGACACCAUUUUGUCUCUGAGGCCUCAUGGAAACAAUCAUUCAAUAGGGGCAAAUGAGAAACAAAAUUGGCCCCAAAGAGAAACCACUUGGGUAAAGCAAGGCCAGACUCAAAGGACAUGCUCUCAAAUCCCACCAGUGUUGAAACGACAUCAAAGGGAACUUAGUGCUUUUCAAUCAGAACAAGAAGCAACUGACUAUGAUGAUGCCAUCACCAUUGAAACAAAUGAGGAUUUUGACAUUUACAGUGAGGACAUAAAUCCAGGUCCCCGCAGUUUUCAACAGAAAACAAGGCACUAUUUUAUUGCAGCUGUGGAACGACUCUGGGACUAUGGGAUGAGUACAUCUAAUGUUCUACGAAAUAGGUAUCAAAGUGACAAUGUACCUCAGUUCAAGAAAGUAGUUUUCCAGGAAUUUACUGAUGGCUCCUUUAGUCAGCCCUUAUACCGUGGAGAAUUAAAUGAACACCUGGGGUUGUUGGGCCCAUAUAUAAGAGCAGAAGUUGAAGACAACAUUAUGGUAACUUUCAAAAACCAGGCCUCCCGUCCCUACUCCUUCUAUUCUAGCCUCAUUUCUUAUAAAGAAGAUCAGAGAGGAGAAGACCCUAGAAGAAACUUUGUCAAGCCUAAUGAAACCAAAAUUUAUUUUUGGAAAGUACAACAUCAUAUGGCACCCACAGAAGAUGAGUUUGACUGCAAGGCCUGGGCUUACUUCUCUGAUGUUGAUCUUGAAAGAGAUAUGCACUCGGGAUUAAUUGGACCCCUUCUGAUUUGCCACACGAACACACUGAAUCCUGCUCAUGGGAGACAAGUGUCAGUACAGGAAUUUGCUCUGCUUUUCACUAUCUUUGAUGAGACCAAGAGCUGGUACUUCACUGAAAAUGUGGAAAGGAACUGCAAGACACCCUGCAAUUUCCAGAUGGAAGACCCCACUUUGAAAGAGAAUUAUCGCUUCCAUGCAAUCAAUGGUUAUGUAAUGGAUACCCUACCAGGCUUAGUAAUGGCUCAAGAUCAAAGGAUUCGAUGGUAUCUUCUCAGCAUGGGCAACAAUGAGAACAUCCAAUCUAUUCAUUUCAGUGGACAUGUUUUCACUGUACGGAAAAAAGAGGAGUAUAAAAUGGCAGUGUUCAACCUCUACCCAGGUGUUUUUGAGACACUGGAAAUGAUACCAUCCAGAGCUGGAAUUUGGCGAGUAGAAUGCCUUAUUGGCGAGCACUUACAGGCUGGGAUGAGCACUCUUUUUCUGGUGUACAGCAAGCAGUGUCAGAUUCCUCUUGGAAUGGCUUCUGGAAGCAUCCGUGAUUUCCAGAUUACAGCUUCAGGACAUUAUGGACAGUGGGCCCCAAACCUGGCAAGACUUCAUUAUUCUGGAUCAAUCAAUGCCUGGAGUACCAAGGAGCCCUUUUCUUGGAUCAAGGUAGAUCUGUUGGCACCAAUGAUUGUUCAUGGCAUCAAGACUCAGGGUGCUCGUCAGAAAAUUUCCAGCCUUUAUAUCUCUCAAUUUAUCAUCAUGUAUAGCCUGGAUGGGAAGAAGUGGCUGAGUUAUCAAGGAAAUUCCACUGGAACCUUAAUGGUUUUCUUUGGCAAUGUGGACUCAUCUGGGAUUAAGCAUAAUAGUUUUAAUCCUCCAAUUAUUGCUCGAUAUAUCCGUUUGCACCCCACUCAUUCUAGCAUCCGUAGUACUCUUCGCAUGGAGUUGAUGGGCUGUGAUUUAAACAGUUGCAGCAUACCAUUGGGAAUGGAAAGUAAAGUAAUAUCAGAUACACAAAUCACUGCCUCAUCCUACUUCACCAAUAUGUUUGCUACUUGGUCUCCUUCACAAGCUCGACUUCACCUCCAGGGAAGGACUAAUGCCUGGCGACCUCAGGUGAAUGAUCCAAAAGAAUGGUUGCAAGUGGACUUACAAAAGACAAUGAAAGUCACUGGAAUAAUAACCCAGGGAGUGAAAUCUCUCUUUACCAGCAUGUUUGUGAAAGAGUUCCUUAUCUCCAGCAGUCAAGAUGGCCAUCACUGGACUCAAAUUUUAUACAAUGGCAAGGUAAAGGUUUUUCAAGGGAAUCGGGACUCAUCCACACCUAUGGUGAAUUCUCUAGACCCACCAUUACUCACUCGCUAUCUUCGAAUUCACCCCCAGAUCUGGGAGCACCAAAUUGCUCUGAGACUUGAGAUUCUAGGAUGUGAGGCCCAGCAGCAAUACUGAGGUAGCCUCUGCAUCACCUGCUUGUUCCCCUUCCUCAGCUCAAAGAUUGUCUUAAUGUUUUAUUGCUGUGAAGAGACACCAUGACCAUGGCAACUCUUAUAAAAGAAAGCAUUUAAUCAGGGCUUACUUAUAGUUUAAGAAAGUUUCGUCCAUUAUCAUUGUGGGAAACAUGGUGGCACACAAACAGACAUGGUGCUGGAGAAGUUGCUGAGAGUUCUAUAUCUGGGUCCACAGAUAUAGCAGGAAGAGAAAGACACUGGGACUGACUUGGGCUUUUUAAACUUCAAAUACUACCCCCAGUGACACAUUCCUUCGACAUGCCCAUACCCAUUCAAACAAGGCCACUUCUCCUAAUCUUUCUCUGUAGUGUCCCCACUGAUGACUAAGCAUUCAAUUUUAUGAGCUUGUGGGGACCAUUCUUAUUCAAACUACAAGGAUAUUCCUUCACCAAUUCAAGACUACCAUCCCUCUUAGGCGUCUACAUUACAUUACACAUUGUUUAUACUACCAUCAUUUUAUUUAAAAGAAUACAAUCAUAUAUCACCCUACUUCCAAAUUAUUUAUUCUGAAUUUUCUGAAAAUUUAACUUUCAACAUUUGGAAUGAAAGCUGUGAAGCACCACACUAAAUUUUAUACUUUCAGUUAUCAAUAUAAGUUAUGCACUACCAACCCCCCAAAAAAAUCCAUAACAGAAUCAGAACUAGAAAAACUAUUAGCUUUAUAACCUCUUAAAUAACUCAUGUCCAUUAACUACAUUCAUUCAUUCCUGGUCCCCUUAUAUUUAGCCUUUCAUGUUCUCUUUUCUUCAUGUUAUACUGUACCCAAAUGUACAUUAUAUCUAAUAUAUAUAUAUGUGUGUGUGUGUGUGUGUGUAUGCAUAUACAUAUACAUACAUACACACUAUUGGCUAGAUUAUACAUAUGAGAGAAAACAUACAGAUUUUUUUCUUUCUGAGAUUAUAUGACCUCAUUUAAUAAUAUGCAUUCUAAGACUAUGUUCCAGAAAAUUUUAUCUUCAUUUAAACUUUAAUUUAAAACCCGGAACACUGAAACUUUGAGGAAAAAAAAAACACACAAGAUACCCUUCAAGAUAUCAGUACAGGCAAGAACUUUUAAAAUAGAACUCCAACACUACAGGAACUAACCCCAAGUAUCAAAAUAUGGGAUUAUAUGAAAAAAAAAUUGUGCAGCAAGAGAAACAACCAUCAGUUAACAUACAGUCCAGAGAAUAAGAGACAAAUCCUUACCAGCUACACCUCAUAAAGGGGCUAAUUACUAUCCAGGGGCUGGUGAGAUGGCUCAGAGGUUAAGAGUACUGACUGUUCUUCCAGAGGUCCUGAGUUCAAUUCCCAGUGGCCACUUGGUGGCUCACUGCUAUCUGUAAUUGGACCUGAUGCCCUUUUCUGGUGUGUCUGAAGACAGCUACAGUGUACAUACAUAAAAUAAAUUUUUUAAAAAAUCAUUAAAAAACAAAUCUGAUAAGUUGAAAAGUUGAAGGUGAUGUGGAGAGAAAGCAGCCUUGAUUCACUGUUAGUGGAGGUAUAAAUUAAGGUACCCAUUGUGGAAAUCAGUUUGGAAUUUUUCAAAAAUUAAAAAUAGAACUACCAUAUGACUCAGCUGUUUCACUCCUGAACAUAUACCCAGGAAACUCCAUACCCUACCAUAAAAAUCUUUGUACCUUUA